AUGGCCAUCUCAACCGAUGUUCCCCAGACCGUGGAGUGGAACGGGAAGAAGGUCCCGGUCUACCCCAUGGAGAUCAUCGACUUCUCGAAGCUGCUCUCCCAAGAGCCAUCCGAGAUUGAGAGGCUAGUUAGCUGCUGCCAGGAAACGGGAUACUUCUACCUGGACCUGCGAGGCAUUGACGGCCGCAGGAUGCUCGAGGACCAACAAGACACCCUGAAGCUCAUGUACCGCUUCUUCGAUGCUCCUCUUGAGGCUAAGAACGAGUUCGGUCUUGUUGCGCCGCAUCUCGGAUACGAACCCGUUGGCUCGCGUACCGGUGUCCUCGAGAACACCAAGGACGGUUACGAGAUGAUCAAGGUCUCCCGCGACGAGAUCCAGAAGGACAGCCCGCACCUACCAGCCGUCAUCAAGAACAGCCCGGACAUGAAGGUCCUCGAGCACGCCAUCGCCGGCGCCAACAUCGCCACCAAGACGAUCCUCUCAGCUCUUUCCACCGGCCUCAGCCUCACAGGUGCUUCCCGCUUCGAGAACACGCACCGCAACGACCGGCCCUCGACCAGCACAAUCGCCAUGAUGCACUACAUCCCCUCCGACCCCACGGCCAAGAACAUCGGCCACCAGAAGCACACCGACAUCAGCUCGCUAACCUUCCUAUUCGCCGAGCAGUGGGGUCUCCAGGUGCGUCCCCCCGGAGCCAAGGAGUUCGGAUUCGUCGAGCCCAAGGCCGGCAUGGCCGUCAUCAACGUCGGCGACUCGCUGCGCUUCGCCAGCGGGCACACCAUGCAAUCCUGCAUCCACCGCGUCGUCCCCCUCGACCCCACCGAGCACCGCUACUCCAUCGCCUACUUCCUGCGCGCCGAGAACGCGGUCAUGUUCACCGACAGCGAGGGCCGUCUCAUCACCGCCGGCCAGUGGCACGACGAGAAGUUCUUCGCCUUCACCAGUCCCCCUGAGAUCCAGGCCCUAGCCCCGAGCUCCAUGAUUCUCGGCGGCAUGGCCGAGGAGGACGAGUCCGUCGAGGCUACCGCGUCUAAGGAUGCGCCUAGCCCGGUUGUCGGUGCGACUACGCUCGGCGAGUCCGUGCAGGUGUACUAAACUGCUUAAAUCAAGUGGCUUGUCGCCUCUCGAGUCAAAGGCUUCCGAAGAAUGGUAUAUAGAGAGGGGAGACGGUUAGACAACACAUACCUGCCGACUUGCCUACUACUGACGGUCGUUAUGCCUGGACGACUUCCAAAAAAGAAAGAUGAUGAACGUCCUGCUUGUCUCUCUUUCCGUACUAAACCGGCUGGUACAAACUUCUAGAUCGCCUCGCGUAUAAAGGCGGAUAGAUGGAGGACAUGAGCAU